CCACUCUCCUGCAUGGCACAUCGUCACAAAUCGCAUUCCACAGCAAACGCAAACCACCUCCAAACGACAACUCUCUUCCCGUCGUUUCCACAUGGCAUUGCUCACCGUCCUGCGCGCGACGCAUGUCGUCCUCAUCAUCUUCGCCGCUCUCCUCCUGCACCCGAGUGAGCGAGUCAACGCGGAGCCCACUCAGGACAGGCAAGCCCUCCUCGCGUUCCUCUCCCUCACGCCGCACGCGAACCGGGUUCAGUGGAACACCUCCGGUUCGGCCUGCGACUGGUUCGGCGUCCAAUGCGACCCCUCUCGCUCCUUCGUCCGCUCCCUCCACCUCCCCGCGGUGGGCCUCGUGGGCCCAAUCCAGCCCAACACGCUCGGUCGGCUCACGCAGCUUCGAGUCCUCAGCCUCCGCCACAACGCCCUCAGCGGCCAGAUCCCCGCCGAUUUCUCCAACCUGGCCUUCCUCCGCAACCUCUACCUCCAAAACAACAACCUCUCCGGCGAGUUCCCCGCCGUGUUAACUCGCCUCACUCGCUUGACUCGCCUCGAACUCUCCAACAACAACUUCACGGGCCAAAUCCCGUUCUCGCUCAACAAUCUCACUCACUUAACCGGCCUCUUCUUAGAAAACAACUCUUUCUCAGGUAACCUUCCAAGCAUUACAACAAAAUUAGUCAACUUCGAUGUUUCCAAUAACCGCCUCAACGGCUCCAUCCCCAAUGCCCUCUCCCGUUUCCCAGCGACGUCGUUUUCGGGAAACAACGACCUCUGCGGGAAACCGUUACCGCCUUGCACCCCUUUCUUCCCGGGACCGACUCCUUCGCCUUUUGUUCCACCGGCUGCGCCGGUCGCCAAGAACUCCAAAAAGCUCUCCACUGCCGCCAUUGUGGGAAUCGCGGUCGGGGGGUCUCUCCUCGUACUUCUCUUACUGCUGCUUGUUCUGUUUGUGUGCUGCCGGCGGAGGCGGCGGACGAAGCCGCCGCAGGGCGUGGUGUCGGCGCGGCGCGGCGGCGGCGGCGAAGGCGGAACGUCGUCUUCGAAGGAUGAUAUGACGGGGUCGGUGGAGGCGGCGGAGAGGAACAAGCUGGUGUUUUUGGAGGGUGGGGUGUAUGGGUUUGGGUUGGAGGAUUUGUUGAGGGCUUCUGCGGAGGUUUUGGGGAAGGGGAGUAUGGGGACUUCUUACAAGGCGAUUUUGGAGGAUGGGACGACGGUGGUGGUGAAGAGGUUGAAGGAUGUGGCGGUUACGAAGAGGGAAUUCGAGACGCAAAUGGAGGUUGUUGGGAAGGUUAAGCACGAGAAUGUGAUUCCUCUAAGAGCGUUUUACUUCUCCAAGGAUGAGAAAUUGCUUGUUCACGAUUACAUGACCGCCGGUAGCUUGUCUGCACUGCUUCACGGGAGCAGAGGGUCAGGGCGAACGCCGCUAGAUUGGGACACGCGAAUGAGAAUAGCAUUGGGAGCCGCACGAGGCCUGGCGUUCCUCCACGUGUCAGCCAAACUGGUCCACGGCAACAUCAAAUCCUCCAACAUCCUCCUCCACCCGAACCACGAACCCUGCGUUUCGGACUUCGGACUGAACCCGAUAUUCGCGAACCCGGUUCCCUCGAACCGGGUGGCGGGUUACCGGGCCCCGGAGGUUCUGGAAACCCGAAAGGUGACAUUGAAAUCCGACGUGUACAGCUUCGGCGUGCUGGUGCUGGAGCUCCUAACGGGCAAGGCGCCGAACCAAGCCUCGCUGAGCGAGAAAGGGAUCGACCUUCCACGUUGGGUGCAGUCAGUGGUGCGCGAAGAGUGGACCGCGGAAGUGUUCGACGCGGAACUCAUGAGGUACCAGAACAUCGAAGAGGAGAUGGUUCAGUUGUUGCAGAUUGCCAUGUCCUGCGUUGCGCUUGUGCCCGACCAGAGGCCCAACAUGGAUGAGGUGGUUCGCAUGAUUGGGGAUAUUGUUAGCCGCGGCGAGACCACCGACGAAGGGCUUCGCCAGUCGUCUGAUGAUCCUUCCAAAGGAUCGGACGGUCAGACGCCGCCUCAGGACUCCCGGACUACCCCUAGGUCGGACACAUCGUAGUCGGGUUGUAAAGCGGCUGUAAUCAUAUAAAGCGAAAGAUCAGAAAAAGAAAAAGUCUUUGGAAGUGGAAAAAGUAAAAGGGGAAACGACGACAGUGGGUCAUGAAAAUGUGCAAAGUUAAGUAAAUAAAUGAGUUGUUAUUUAUGCUGCACAGGGUGAUUGGGCUCCACGGGGGGAGUGGGUCCAUUUAAAUGUAUCUUUUUUCUUUCUUUCUUUUUUAGUUUUUCUUGUAUUUUAAUGAUUUUUUAUUUUAUUAAUUUCAAUUAUUCUUGUAGCUGGGUGAGUUUGAAUUGUUCAUUAAUAGAACUGUAAGGGGGGUUGAGGUGUUUGACCAUUUCAUGAAUUUCAGUUGGCAUUUUUUCAAUUGUUAA